AGCGGCCUGUUGAUUGGCCUUCUUUGCCGCCUGUCGCGUUGCCUAGCUACCGGGCUUUGGGGACGCGGCUGCGGGGCCUCUUGACUUCUGGCUACUAAACCUGGAGGCUCUGUAGCAGACGCGCUGGCUUCCGGCACCAUGUCAAUGCGGACGCUGCCGCUGCUCUUCUUGAACUUGGGCGGGGAGAUGCUCUACAUCCUGGACCAACGGCUGCGGGCCCAGAACAUCCCCGGAGACAAGGCCCGCAAAGUUAUGAAUGACAUCAUUUCAACCAUGUUCAAUCGAAAGUUCAUGGAGGAAUUGUUCAAACCCCAAGAGCUCUACUCCAAGAAGGCCCUGAGGACUGUCUACGACCGCCUGGCUCACGCCUCCAUCAUGAGACUGAACCAGGCCAGCAUGGAUAAGCUCUAUGACCUGAUGACGAUGGCUUUCAAGUACCAAGUGUUGCUGUGUCCUCGUCCCAAGGAUGUGCUGCUGGUCACUUUCAAUCACUUAGAUGCCAUCAAGGGACUCAUCCAAGAUUCCCCAACCAUCCUUCAUCAAGUGGACGAGACAUUCCGGCAGCUGACUGACAUAUACGGGGGCCUCUCUGCGGGGGAGUUCCAGCUCAUCCGACAGACACUCCUCAUCUUCUUCCAGGACCUGCACAUCCGGGUGUCCAUAUUUCUAAAGGACAAAGUUCAGAAUUCCAAUGGACGCUUUGUGUUGCCAGCGUCUGGGCCCGUUCCCUGGGGAACUGAAGUCCCUGGACUCAUCAGAACAUUCAACAGCAAAGGCGAAGAAGUGAAGAAGACAGAAUUUAAGCAUGGUGGAACCUAUGUUGCUGCCCUCAAAGAAGGGUCUCUUGAGCUCUAUGGAGACCGAGUCCUGAAACUGGGAACUAAUAUGUAUAGCGUGAACCGACCCGUGGAAACCCACAUGUCUGCAGCAUCAAAGAACUUAGCUUCACAGACGCAGGAGAGCAUCGUUCCAAACCCUCUUGCUAAAGAAGAGCUGAAUCUCCUGGCCAGGCUGAUAGGAGGCAUGGGGAUUCAGAAACCCAGUGGCCCUGAGCCAGGAUUCCGGUUGAAUCUCUUCACCACUGAUGAAGAGGAGGAACAAGCAGCGCUCACCAGGCCAGAAGAGUUAUCCUACGAAGUUAUCAACAUCCAAGCUACUCAGGACCAGCAGACGAACCAAGAGCUGGCGCGGAUCAUGGGGGAGUUUGAGAUCACGGACCAGUCAAGGCGGAGCGCCAGCAAGGGGGAUGACUUGCUCGCCAUGAUGGAUGAGUUAUAGCUAUGCUGACCAGGCGCCCCUGCCCCUGCAGAGAAGCUGCUUGACGAGGACCCCGGGGGUGCCCCCCAGGGAACCACACGAUGCUGCUAGUUUUCUACUAAGCGAAGCCCUUACCCUCUUGUUCCCCUUUCCGUCCUAAUAAACUGUGCGGCUCUCCAUCGGGAGCGCUGUCCAGAAGGCAACACACAUAUCCAUAUUUUCAGCAAAAUAUAUUAUGGCUUUGAAAUUGGACCCUUCCCCAUUUUCUUCCUGGUUUUAUGGCACUCGGAGCAUCUGGAGCCCAGAAUCAGCAAGACGGCACUCCUGUUGCCAUCUUCAUGACGAGCUUGGCUCAGGGGGACCUGCCGCUCACAGAGGCCCGUGGAUCGUCACAAAAUUUCAGAGCUUUCUGGGAUGUCUUCUGCCUUGUGAGUCUGACAUAAGGGGAAAAGGCAAUCGCCUCAAACUGUCGGGGCCCAGUUUAUGCAGCCUGGCACACUGGGAGCUGCCACCUCAGACGCAGAGGAAGCAAGGCCGUGACAGAGGAUUCCUCACGCAGGCCCCGCACAGAGCCUGUGGGUGUCUGUGGUUCUCCACACGUCUCUCCACCCAUAUGUGGUGUGGGCUUAUCCCAUAUGGAAAUGUGUUCGCUCUUUAGCGUGAUACGUCCUCCUUACCCCCAGAGUCUUCCUCUGCCACUUAGCGUUCUUGCCUUCUAAAGGCGCCCAGCGUGAGUUACCAUGACAGCCAUCUCCUCUGCUUCACCAUUAGUGGCCAGGCAGAGCUGUAAGCUGGACGUGCGGGAAGCAUGUGGUGUAACACUUUCCCUUCCGUGCACCAGAUGAGUUAGUCAAUACUUCCCUUGGCAGGAUGCCAAGUCUAAUUUGGAUCCAUGAGAAAUGUCUCAGGCCAGGGCUGCCCUCAUUGCUUCAGGAAGGAGGGUCAGCCCUCCCCCUCUUGUUCAUUCUGGACUGAGGAACUGGCAGCUCGAGGUCAGCCGACAUCCAGAGGUUAAGGUCCAUUCAGUCUCCUGGAAGCAAUAUCUGGAACGGCAAAGGGUGGGAGAGGAACUGAGCUGAGCUGGUCACUGCCUGAGAUUGAGCCGACCAGGACCACUCAGGACACCUGCACCCUAGUAAGAGUGGAGGCAAACAUAUUUCUGGAAAGCAAGGGUCAGGUUACCCAUCCUUUAGCUUACCCAAGGCAUAGGCUUUGGAUCUGUUGUUGCUGUUAUUGUGUUGUGUCUGACUCUUUGAGACCCCAUGGAUGUAGCCUGCCAGGCUCUUCUGUCCAUGAGGAUUCUCCAGGCAAGGAUACUGGAGUGGGUAGCCAUGCCCUCCUCCAGAGGAUCUUUCCAACCAAGGGAUGGAACCCACAUCUCCUGCCUUAGCAGGCGGGUUCUUUACCACCGAGCCACCUGGGAGACCCCAAACUGCUUCUUACAGGCUUACAAAGUGUCUUCAGUUUUAGUCUCUUGUAAGCAGAUGACAAGUGCAGGGGAAGGCCUGGGUCUGGCUGCCACCGCACUGUGACCGACCUGAACUUCACCAUCUGCUCCCAGCGUGUCCUGGGGCCUUGGAGAUGGGCCACGGGUGGCCGAGAGGCAGCCUCCUCCCUCCACCUAUCCCAGAGCCAUGCCGAUGAUUUCAAACCUGCCUGUUGUCUCAGUGAAUAAACAAGAUACAGAUCUCUGGUAAGGCAGCCUGCUAAUGAGGCAAUCUUUGAGUUUCGUGUCUCUAGUCUUACACAGAUGUUGAGAAAAACAAGUUUAUUUGCAUUGUGGCUUAGGGCACCCAGAAAAAUCAGGGGAGUUGGGAGGGGGCAAAGGAAAAAGAAGACAAGGAUUACCCUGGCAAGAAUCUGGACCGAGUACUGACAAGACAUCAUGGUUCAUUUAGCACCAGGCUGUGGGGUGCGAGGGCUUCCCUCGUGGCUGCCAUGCGGGAGACCCAGGUUCAAUCCUUGGGUUGGGAAGACGCCCUAGAGGAGGGCAUGGCAACCUACUCCAGUAUUCUUGCCAGGAGAAUUCCAUGAACAGAGGGACCAGGAGGGCUACAGUCCACAGGGUCGUAGAGUCAGGCAUGACUGAGUGACUAACGCUUUCACCUGGGUUCUGAGGGUGUCACACAGCACUGCCCAGUUCGCUCCAAGGGAAGGGGCACCAGGAUCCCCAUCCCUGCCCCGAAUUCGCCAUGGCAUCUUGGGCAGUUCCCUCAACAAGCCUCAGUUCCUUCCCUCAUCUGUAAGAAACAGAAAGAACUAGUUCAUUGACUCAAAGCCAGCUUGCCCCAGCUAAGUUGGUGAGUUUACAGAUUCCUAGACCCUGCCCCAGGUGGGAUCUGACAAUUGGAAUUUUACCCAUGCCUCCCCCCAGCUCCAUGCUUUGGGGGUAUUUCUGCCCCAGUUCAACCUAUGGUCAGGGAACUAGAUUCCACAUGCUGCAACUAAAGAUCUCACAUGCCACAACAAAGGCCAAAGACCCUGUGUGCCACAACUGCGACCUGGUGCAGCCAAAUAUUUUUUAAAUUAUUUAUGUAUUUGCAGCAUGUGAGAUCUAGUUCCCUGACCAGGGCUCAAACCCAGGUCCCCUGCAUUGGGAUCUCAGAGUCUUAGCCACUGGACCACCAGGGAAUCCCCAAAUAUUUUUAAAAUAUUGAGAGUAAAAAAAAAAAGAGAAAAUAAUAAAAUAUUGAAAGUGGGGCUUCCCUGGCAGUCCAGUGGUUGAGAGUCUACCUUGAAAUGCAGGGCACACCAGCUUGGUCCCUGGUCCGGGAAGAUCCCACACGCCACGGAGCAACUAAGCCCAUGCCCCACAGCUGCUGAGCCCUCAGGGCACAACUACCGAAGUCCGUGUGCUUCAGAGCCGGUACUCCGCAACAAGAGAAGCCACUGCAAUAAAGCCUGAGCACCACAGCUAGAGAAAGCCCACGACCAACAAAGAAGACCCAGCAUAGCCAAAAACAACUAAAUAAAAAUUAUUUUUAAAAUGGAGAGUGAAGGGGCAGGAAGAAAGGGAGGAAAUGUAUUUAGCCCUCAGUUCAAGGAUGAAAGUCAUGCCAGGCAAGAUUAACUCACUUUUUUCCUUACACCCAGAUCCUGGUAGGCAAGAAACACAUUUUAGCAUCACAACCAGAUCCUGGAGAUCCUGAGUCUAAACAGGAUCAGAUCCCCUCAUCCCCUUCCAACAGGUGUGUCACUCUGGUUUACAUCCAUGGAGACAAAUUCAAGUCACAGGAAACUGUAGAAAGACAAAUGCAAAUUACAGGGGGGAAGUAUAUAUAUACUUUUUUCUUUUAACCAUAAUACCUAAUUGUUGUUCAGUCGCUCAGUUGUAUCUGACUCUUUGCGACCCCAUGGACUGCAGCACACCAGGCUUCCCUGUCCUUCACCAUCUCCCAGAGCUUGCUCAAACUCAUGUCCAUUGAGUCAGUGAUGCCAUCCAACCAUCUCAUCCUCUGUCGUCCCCUUCUCCUCCUGCCCGCAAUCUUUCCCAGCAUCAGGGUCUUUUCAAAUGAGUCGGCUCUUUGCAUUAGGUGGCCAAAGUAUUAGAGAUUCAGCUUCAGCAUCAGUUCUUCUGAAUAUUUAGGACUGAUUUCCUUUAGGAUGGACUAGUUUGAUAUCCUUGCAGUCCAAGGGACUCUCAAGAGUCUUCUCCAACACCUCUGCUCAAAAGCAUCAAUUCUUCGGCACUCAGCCUUCUUUAUGGUCCAACUCUCAUGUCCACACAAGACUACUGGAAAAACCAUGACUUUGACUAGACAGACCUUUGUCAGCAAAGUAAUGUCUCUGCUUUUUAAUAUGCUGUCUAGGUUUGUCAUAGCUUUUCUUCCAAGGAGCAAGUGUCUUUUAAUUUCAUGACUGCAGUCACCAUCUGCAGUGAUCUGGGAGCCCAAGAAAAUAAGGUCUGUCAUUGUUUCCAUUGUAUUCCCAUCUAUUUGCCAUGAAGUGAUGGGACCAGAUGCCAUGAUCUUAGUUUUUUGAAUGUUGAGUUUUAAGCCAACUUUUUCACUCUUCUCUUGCACCUUCAUCAAGAGGCUCUUUAGUUCCUGUUCGCUUUAUGAUGUAAGAAUGGUGUCAUCUGUGUAUCUGAGGUUAUUGAUAUUUCUCCCGGCAGUCUUGAUUCCAGCUUGUGCUUCAUCUAGCCCGGCAUUUUGCAUGAUGUACUCUGCAUAUAAGUUAAAUAAGCAGGGUGACAAUAUACAGCCUUGAUGCACUUCUUUCCCAAUUUUGAACCAGUGUGUUGUUACAUGUUCAGUUCUAACUGUUGCUUCUUGACCUGCAUACAGCUUUCUCAGGAGGCAGAUAAGGUGGUCUGCUAUUCUCGUCUCUUAAUAAAGAAUUUUCCACAG